AUGCAGACUUUGAGGGUUUUUAUAAGUGUGAUUCUAUCCAUACAACUAAUCCAAAUAGGAGAUGCCUGUGAAGGAGAAGAUUGUGAUGACAACUCAAACCAAGAGAGGCUGAAUACACCAUUGGAUACCUUUCACAUUCUAAAUCACCUCAAUUCUGAAAAGAAAAAGAAGGACAGCCCUUCUAAUGUUUUGCCUUUUAUUGGCAUCACAGACGCAAGCAAACUGAACAAACAUUGCUGCCAAAAUGGUGGAACUUGUUUCCUGGGUACCUUUUGCAUCUGCCCCAAGCACUUUACUGGAAGAUACUGUGAAUAUGACACCAGGAUCAGGACCUGUGGUGCCCUUGCACAUGGUGAAUGGAUUCAAGAAGGGUGCCAACUCUGUAGGUGCAUCUACGGGAUUGUGGACUGCUUUGUUCAAGCUGGAUGUGGUAAGAAAUCAAACCAUCACUAUUUUCAUAUUUUAUAA